AUGCAAGGGUUAGGUGGCCAAGUGAGUGUGGCAUAUAGAGAUCUGUGUUUGUUUCCUGAUGUCCAGCUACCUGCCGGAUUCAAAAUGCCCAAGUUUGACUUGUACGACGGGCGUGGAGACCCCGUGGCACACUUAAGAGGAUUUUGUAGCAAAAUGGGAGGUGCUGGUGGGAAAGAUGAAUUGUUAAUGGCAUAUUUUUAUCAAAGUUUGAGUGAUGCAGCGUUAGAGUGGUACAACCGCCAGGACAACAGCAGGUGGUACACCUGGGACGACUUGGCCCAGGCUUUCGCUCGGCAUUUCCAGUACAACAUAGAGAUUGUUCCAGAUCGCCUAUCCUUGACUAAGAUAGAGAAAAAGCAUGGUGAGAGCUUUAGGGAGUAUGGUUCCCGGUGGAGAGAACAGGCGGCACGAGUCAACCCUCAAAUGGAGGAAGCUGAAAUGGUAGAGUACUUUCUUCAGGCCUUGGAGCCUACUUAUUUUGGUCAUCUGAUCUCGGCCAUAGAUAAGUCUUUCAAUGAAGUGGUGAAGAUGGGAGGGAUGGUAGAGGAAGGACUCAAGUCAAGCAAGAUCAUGAGUUACUCCGCCAUCAAAGCAACUACACAAGCAAUCCAGAAUGGCACCGGGGGUGUGUUAGGGAAGAAGAAUAAAGAAGAUGUUGAUAUGAUCGCCUCAAGAUCGUGGCAUGGCCCAAGGGAUUCACCACACCAUUACACCCAGCCUCGACCCCAACCUCAGGCCUACACCCAAACCCCAUAUAAUCCACCCCAACACUACUACCCACCACAAAACCCUCAAUAUUCCAUCAGAUCACCCCAAUACCACGUCCACCACGCACAGUCGUAUGCUCAACCCCCUCCUUACUCGCAAUGGCGUGCACCAGCUCCACAAAAUCCUUAUCCCCCUCUACAAACAUACCGAAACCCUACUGGUCCAAGCUUUCGACCCAAGCUGGAGUACCAAAAUGAAAGGAAGCAGCGGAAGAAGACUUUCACCCCGCUUGGGGAGUUUUAUACUAGCUUGUUUCAGAGGUUGAGGCAGUUGGAUGUUCUAAGGCCAAUUGAGUCAAAAUUACCAAAUCCCUCUCCAAAGAACCUGGAUUAUUCCCUCAGAUGUGCAUAUUGUUCUGAUGCUCUAGGGCACGACACAGAAAAGUGUUGUCAUUUGAAGAACGCCAUCCAGGAGCUCAUUGACACAAACCAAAUUAUGGUCCAGAGCCCGGAAACUCCAAACAUUAAUCAAAAUCCAUUGCCAGCCCAUGCUGAAACGCACAUGAUUGAGAUAGUUUCAAUCAAAACUCCAGUUGUUACAAGUGCAACAUCUCCAACAGUUGAAGGGCUGACGGACAAGCUAAGCCCGCCCAAUGUUAAGCCGCCUGUCUUAGUUGUGAAAGGGUUCCCAUAUGAUGCUGAAGCAAAGCAAGGAAAUUCGAAAGUGGUGGUGCCGGGGGCAGCAAGUAAGCCUGUCAUAAUCAUGGAAGGGGCUCGCACCGACCCUAUUGUUAUUAAGCCUGUGACCCAGCUGCCGAUAAAUAACACCAAGGCUGUUCCAUAG